AUGCGGUCUCUGAAUCAAGACGGGCAAGAGAUGGAGAAGAAGAUUGAUCAAUCAGAUUAUGAGGAAGCAAUAUUGGAGACAAAAGAGUUGUAUCAUUCCGAAGAGGAGGCUCAGGGUUACUCCCGCCGUGAGUACAGCACCACUGGUGCUAGUAACUAUUCGGCGGGGGGUCACCUUCUUAUCAAGCCAAAACUCUCUCCUUUUACCUCAGAGAUACUAAACCAUUCAAUGACGAGAAUCAAGAUGUUAACCUCUAAGUACGAUGGCACCUCUGAUCCUGAUGAUCAUGUGGCGGCCUAUGAAGGUCACAUGUUCUUAUACACGCAGGUGGACGCCAUCUGGUGUAAGGUCUUCCUGUCCACUCUAACCGGGAUGGCUCAGACAUGGUUUAAAAGUCUUAAACCAGAUAGUAUCUCUAGCUUUUCUCAGUUGUCAUCCACAUUCAGUACACACUUUGUGAGCAAUAGGCGCCGCGAGCGUACUACCGGAGAACUGCUAUCCAUCAAGCAAGGCGAAAAUGAAAGCAUGAGAGACUAUAUCGGCCGUUUCAAUGUCGAAGCGGUCUCAAUACCAAAACUGCAGCAAGAUGUGGCUGUAUUGGCUCUGAUGACAGGGCUCAAGGAAGGGUCACCUUUCCGGAAUUACCUGGGCCAGAAAUCUUACACAUCCCCGGGGCCGGUCCUUGGCAAGGCAAAUGACUAUAUCAGGGGUGAAGAAUUUGAUAGGGCCGUGAGCAACCGCGAGCCGGAGAAGAAAAAGGAGGCCAAGCAGAGAAAGGAUAAGGGUCGCGAAAGUGAUCGUGGCCGAGACGAAAGAAGACAAGAAUCGAAUGUGGUCAAAAGAGGAAACGACCGCGAAAGAGAAAACGAAAGAUAUGACCGUGAUAGGAGAGACCGCGCGAAAAGCGGGCGAGAUAUGAAUGAACGCAAAGAGAAGUUUGACGCGUACACUCAACUCACCACUUCUAGAAGCCAGAUCUAUUUGAUGAAUAAAGACAGCAAUAAAUCGCAGCGUCCGAAGCAGAUGUUCCACAAGAACCGGGACAAGAGUAAAUGGUGUGAUUUUCACGAAGAUCAUGGCCAUCUGACUGAGGACUGCCGGCAUCUCAAGGAUAAUCUGGAGGAUUUGGUGAGAAGAGGAUAUUUCAGUCAGUACAAGGCUCAGACUAAGGAAGGAGAUCUAGUGAAACCGGCAAACCGAGAUGUUCAAUCAAGGAUCAGUAAGAUCCAUGUAAUAAGCGGUGGACCCAUUCAUGGCGAAAGUGUGAAUGGAGCAAAGGCAAGUAUAAAAGAAUUCAAGCAUCAAGUCAAUUUCAAUGAAAGCAUGUAG